AUGGCUUCUGGGGUUUCGGCAGGCUUUGUGCUGUGUGAAGGCAGCGUGUUAUUGGAAGCAACGAUGUCAUGGGAAGUUGGUAUAUGUACGGGCAUGCCACGCAUUACCAAUGUACCGAAGCAGAAUUCCGAACUGAACAGAGGCGCGAAACUUCGCGAGGCCGAACGUGGGUUUAUAACUAUGGGGAAAACGACAUUAUGCCAAUCAGAAAUACUGGCUACUCACACAGAUUAA